GUGUCCCCUCUCCUCAGCACUGGCAGUGGGCACUGAGGGGUACCUGAGCUGUGCAGUAGGUUUGGAGUAGUUCUGUGGGGCCCAGGGGGACUUCCUAACAAGUGGGAAACCGAGGUGAGACCUUGCCCUUCUGCGCUCUUGAUCCUCUCUUUGUUUUCUCCAGACGGACCAACAGGCUGAGGCCAGGUCCUACCUCAGCGAGGAGAUGAUCGCUGAGUUCAAGGCUGCCUUUGACAUGUUUGAUGCUGAUGGUGGUGGGGACAUCAGCGUUAAAGAGCUGGGCACCGUGAUGAGGAUGCUAGGGCAGACACCCACCAAAGAGGAACUGGAUGCCAUCAUUGAGGAGGUGGAUGAGGAUGGCAGCGGUACCAUCGACUUUGAGGAGUUCUUGGUCAUGAUGGUGCGCCAGAUGAAAGAGGAUGCGAAAGGGAAGAGCGAAGAAGAGCUGGCAGAGUGUUUCCGCAUCUUUGACAGGAAUGCAGACGGCUACAUUGAUGCUGAGGAGCUGGCUGAGAUUUUCCGGGCUUCUGGGGAGCACGUGACAGAUGAGGAGAUCGAAUCCCUGAUGAAGGACGGAGAUAAGAACAAUGAUGGCCGCAUUGACUUCGAUGAGUUCCUGAAGAUGAUGGAGGGCGUUCAGUAAGGAGCCGGCAUUCGCUUCCACCCAGAUCGCAGGUCCCCUGGGUGUGGACAACUCCACCCUUGCCUUCCCCGCCCCACCAGGGAAGGGCCGCUCCUCCGGACUUUGUGACUGGAAGGAAUAAAAGCUGAC